UACGCCCCGUUCGGGAAUCUGUCUAAAGCGGUGUUGUGUAACUGUGUGAAUGUGUGGGAGGGAUCCUUCCUUGUCAGCCGUGGUGUUUUUCCCGAGUGGGCAGAGCUUUGCGGACUCCUCCCGCCGUGUGAUGAAGUUGAGAUGUGAGCUUUCACACACACACACACACACACACACACACAUAGACUGGAGCCUCCCGACGGCUGGAUGCCACGAUGGGGAGAGGUGUGGAACGUUCGUGGAAGCCUUUAGAAUAGCACCAGAGCGUCGAGCUUUACCCACUUUCACGGAAGAUGUCACCGCCAUUUGAGUGACGACGACCAGCAUUCCCUCCCAGCGACACCUCUGUCGUCUACUUACCCGGCUUUAGGAGCUGCCUCCUCGGGCUGUCUUCGUGGAUCUCCCGCUCCGGCUCCUUGGCGGUCAUGUUGUAGUUUUGCUAAAAAAACAAAAAAAAAGCGAGAUAAGUAUUUUGUUCGUUUUUUUAUCUUUCGGAGGUGGGGGGGUGGCGAAGUUCGGGCGAUGCUGUUAUGGCCACCUCCGGGGCUCCAAAGUGUCCGAAGAGUGAGAAGUUGGACGAGGCGCAGGCUUUGGCCAAAAGCUGCGCCGGUAGACCGGACUUCCUGCCUUGUGAUGGACUCUCCAUCUGCGCCACACACAGCCACGGAAAGUGCUUCAAGCUGCACUGGUGCUGCCACCUGGGAUGGUGUCACUGCAAGUACGUCUAUCAGCCCAUGACCAACGUGUGCCACCUGCCCAGCACAGCGGUGCCCCCUGCUGACACGGAGUACAGCAACACCAUCGACCUGUCCGUCUCCCUGGCUGAGCGCUUCCUCAAACUGGCCCCCUGCUUCCGUUCGCCGCCUCACUUGGAGUCGCCAAAGUACUGUGUGAUCGCGGACCUGUUCGUGGACGACUACGUUGUCAAACGCAUCAACGGAAAGAUGUGCUACGUGCAGCGCCCCGUACCUGCGCUACCCGAACCGCCGCAACCUCCCGCUCCUCCCGCACCAGCUCCAGCUAUACCUCAGAGGCCUCCGAAUCCCCCUCAGCCACGACCCGCUGUCAAGCCCGCGCCGCAGGACCAGCACACGCCUGCGCCGCCGUCGGGCCAACCGGCGCACAGUGAACACCAACACCCCUCGCCUCUGGAUAAGAUAAAGGGGCCCAAAAUGGACCACUGCUCUUCUCCAUCCAGCUCCGAGGACUCUGGCAUCAACGCCUUAGGUCUGCACUGUAUGGAGUCCUGCGAGGAAGAAAGCGAGGAGGACGAGGAGGAUGACGAGUUGAGCACAGAUGGAAACUCCAGUCCCGGCAGCCUGUGGGAUCAAGACGACAGCUCUUUGCUGUCUCCUUCCAAGUCUAUGAUUGAGAUCAUUGAAAAGAUCGAAACAACUGUCUAACUGAGAUCGACGCCGCGACAUCAAAAGCGGCACCAGAGGAUGUCGUGGAGAUCCCGACCCUCCUCGAUGGGGUCGGGAUGGGUUGUCUUUUGUAGUUUGUUUUUUCCCGCAGGAGGUCACCUGCACUUCACAUCCUCUACUCACAUUCCCUGCAUGGAGUCUAUUUCUACUACUUUCUACGAUCCAGGACACAAAGAUGAAGCACAAGAUAAAAAAAACAGUACAUGCACAGAGGAUCCAACAGCACACCGUGGGAACAGAGAGGACUUCAAGGAUGGUGAAAACGUAUUCAGGCGUAUUUCCUGCAGAGCCACACUGAAUAGAAAACAUAGGAGAAUAAUUUACAGUCCUUAUUUUACGAGAAUAAAGUCAGAAAAUUAUUUUUGGCCUUUUUGUAAAAUUAAGAAUUUUUUCUUGUACCAUUAGGACUUCAUUCAUUCAUUCAUUUUCUACCGCUUUUUCCUCACGAGGGUCGCGGGGGUGCUGGAGCCUAUCCCAGCUGUCUUCGGGCGUAAGGCGGGGUACACCCUGGACUGGUCGCCAGCCAAUCACAGGGCACAUAUAGACAAACAACCAUUCACACUCACAUUCAUACCUAUGGACAAUUUGGAGUCACCAAUUAACCUAGCAUGUUUUUGGAAUGUGGGAGGAAACCGGAGUACCCGGAGAAAACCCACGCAUGCACGGGGAGAACAUGCAAACUCCACACAGAGAUGCCCGAGGGUGGAAUUGAACCCUGGUCUCCUAGCUGUGAGGUCUGUGCGCUAACCCCUAGACCACCGUGCCGCCCAGUUACUCACAUAAUUACUGAUUUUUUUCUUCGAACGUGACUAUUUUUUUCAUAACAGUGACAUUUACUUUUUGUAAAAUUAUUCUAUUUUUGCUAAGUUAUGACUACCAUAAUAUUACAGUUUUCUUUUUUGUGUAAAAAUUUAUUUUGAGAGAAUAUUUUUCUCAUGUAAUUACUUUUUUUCUUGAAACUUCACUAUUUUUGUAACGUUAAUAUUUUUUUCUUGAAACAUCACAAUUUAAAUCACAGAGAGUGACGACACAUUAUUGGGUUAAGUGACAUAAUUUUCACAAAAUUAUCACUUUAUUGUAAAAUUAUCACCGAUAUUGUCCAACUCCCACUUUCCGAUAUCAGCUGAUACCGUUGUGGAAUGAACACAUAUGUGUUGUAUACAGCAUUAUUUUUAAUAUCAACCAAUAUCACAUUUUUAGGCUGAUAUUGUGCAGAUAAUUAUCGGUACCAGUAGUUAUCGCUAAAUUUUUUUUACAUCCCUAAAUAAUAAUAUUAUAUAUUUUUUGGUUAAACAUUAUGACUUUUUCUCUCAUAACACAACUUUGCUUAGUAAAAACAUUAUGUUUUUUUCUUGUAACAUAACUUUGUUUUUUAAAAUCAUUACUCUUUUUUUAAAUAUCAUGAAUUUUAAUUUUUUUUAUUUUAAUUUCUAAAAUUAAACAUUUAUAGUUAUAAACUCAUCAAUAUUUAUUAUUGUUGGUUUCUGGUUAUGACUUAUCAUGCAUAAUUCUUUUUUCUUGUAAUAAGACAUUUUUUUGAAAAUAUUUAAUCACAAUUUUAUUUCUACAAAAUUAUAACUAUUGUGUCUUUUUUCUUGUAUUAUUAUGACAGCAUGUCUUUAUUUUUUCGUCAUAAUAGAACAUUGUUUCAUACAAUCAUUUUUUUUGUCAUAACAUGACUUUGUUUAGUAAAAAUAAGUUUUUUGGAAACAUAAUAUUAUUGUGUCGGAAAAUUGUGGGAAAAUUUACAUUUAAAACAUUUUAUCCUCAUGACACAAAUUAGUUUCAUAAACAGAGCUUUGCCUCAAAAAUAUAUAUUUAUUGUGAUAAAUUCCUGCCUUUUCCCCCAUAAUAGUUCAUCGUGUUGUACUGUAAGUCUGUCAUUGUAUCCUGGCAGCAGUCUAAUGUUGUUUUCUUGUCAGUGUGGCUCAGAUGUUCCACCAUUGAAAAGCUUCAAUGAAACUUCCCAGCAGGUUUUCUAAUAGCAGCGUGACUAAAAGUUUCAAGCGAGUCCUUGAUGAAAAAUCAGUUUGCUUGCCAUCCAAGCUGUCAGUCAGUCAGCUUCAUUUCUUGUUCUUGCGGCCCACACAAACGAAAAAAAAAAAAAAGGCCGCAUUGUAACGACAAGGCCAGCUACCUCUUACAGGGGAAAACGUGCAACAAGCCUCUUUGAAAGCCGCGUUAGUCUGCACUUUACUGACGCCGACACACCAAUGGUUUUUAGGUCAGUGAUCGACAAUCAAGGAUUACACACAAGCACAUUCCUACGCUGUGCCUGCCAGUGAGGACCAACAUUGAUCUUCUCAAAGACUCGUCUCCUGUGCUCUUCAAGCCUAAAUUGUGCUUUAAAACAAAGCGAGACUUCCAAUGACCCCCAUUAGCCACCGAGAAACGAAAUACCGUGGAUGUGUCUCAGCGGGCCUGAAAGUGGAGAAGUCACAGCAAAGACUUGAAGGGAAGGACACGACAACAAACAGAAAGUUCCAUUACAGUUCCACUACUUUGUCAGUGACUUUUUGGCCUUUUCGAGCGAAAUGCAUCGCUAUGUGUGCUCACGGAGAGGAUUAUGGGAAUGUUCAUUCAGGCCGGGAUGGACUUGUGUGUCACGGUUAUUUUGUGCACCUUUCAAAGAGAGUAAUAGGAUUGUGAAUAGAGUAGAUGUAUGUGGUGCAUAUAAUAAACAAGACAGGCCCCUUAUCGGGGGGCGUUCAUAAAUGAAAUCCACCCCGAUUUUAAAUAAUUAUUCAACCUAAUGGCAUUAAAAAAAAUUCAGUUUGCAUGACUAUAUUUACCUGCAAAAAUGACAAUUUUACCAAAUGUGUUGUUCGGAACGUUCAAGGUGAAGAGAAAAACAGCUUUUCUAGCCUUGACGUUAAUCAGAACAGUCCCUCUUUAAAUGUUCUUAUUAUGCCUAUACUAUUUUCUUAUGAAUAAAUACUAAUGAAACUGCACUUUAUUUCAUUUUUGUUUUUUCCAGCUACAAUUGAACAUCCAAAUAUUUCUGUUGCACUCAAAAUUAAUAGCCAUGUUUACAUGGACCCAAAUAUUCCAAUUCCAUUCGGGUUAUUUGCUCAAACUGAAAAAAUGUAACCUUUGUAUAUAUGGAGGACCAAAACUGCCAAAAUAAUAAAUAAAUAAAUAAAUAAAAGUGGAAAUAAAAACAAAAAUGAAAAAAAAAAUUAAAUACAAAAAAAUUUAUAUAAAUGGAAAUAAAAACAAAAAUAAAAAAUAUAUACAUAAAUAAAUAAAUAAAAGCAAAAAUAAAUACAAAAAUAAAAAACAAGAUUCA